CUCUCAGCAGUCCGUCACCUCGGUAACCCAGAACGACCCACUCACUCACGAGGGAAUCCCAAGGACGUCACAGAAGCCACCAGCCAGUCAGGAGCACCGCGUUUUUCCCCGAGGCCAGCCGGCGAGGGAAAUUCGACUUCGGCAAAAAGAGCGCAAAGCUGUUGCGCAGCUGUUGGAACGGGAGCAGAGGAAACCUAGUCCACAAGCGAGGAGUUUGCAGCCAUUGUGGCAAAAUCUUUUUCAUGUCAGAGACUGAGCACUCUUGCAGUUGUUUAUGUCAUCACCUCUUCUCCAGACAGAAGAUACCCAAAAAGCCUAUUCAAGAGCUUUUUAUCUUGCUGAUAGUGCCUCAGAACACUUAAAAUGUCUGUCAAUGUCAACCGCAAUAUGUCAGACCAGUUCUAUCGCUAUAAGAUGCCCCGUCUGAGUGCUAAGCAUGUUAACCCAAAGAAGCAGACCAUUGGAAGCUCUUGCAAGGCUUGUGGUUAUCAGGGAAUGCUGGAUACUCGGCACAAAUUGUGUACAUUCAUACUCAAAAGUUCACCUGAGAGUGAAAGCAGUUGUGUGAAAGAGAAGAAGGAGAAGAAAAAAAGAAAGAAGGAUAAGGAUAAGGAGAAUGGCUCUGGAAGUGGCGAGGCUGUGAACCAUAAUGACAUUGAUGCACCAGAUGCUGUGGAUGGAGAGGAAGAUGAUGACUGGGCAGAGGAAAUCACAGAGGAGGCCCAGCGUCGUCGUAUGGAGGAAAUUAGUGACCAUGCUAAGAACCUGACCCUCAGUGAGGACCUGGAGAAACCCCUAGAGGAAAGGGUCAACCUGUUCUACAGCUUUGUCAAAGAAAAGAAAGAUAGUGGAGCAAUAGACUCUGCUGAUAAGGAGAUUCUGGCUGAAGCAGAAAGGCUGGAUUUAAGAGCCAUGGGACCACUUAUAUUGAGUGAGCUGCUGUUUGAUGAGAAGAUCAGAGACCAGAUCAAGAAAUACAAACGGCACUUCCUACAGUUCUGCCACAAUGAUAAGAAGGCUCAGAAGUAUCUGCUGUCAGGCUUUGAGUGUCUGAUGAAGCUUCAUCAAAGUCAGCUGCUUCCACAAGUGCCCAUAAUUCUCAAAGAACUCUAUGAUGCUGACCUACUGGAGGAGGAUGUCAUCUUGACUUGGGCCAAAAAGGUCUCUAAGAAGUACGUUUCCAAGGAGCUGGCCAUGGAGAUCCAUGCCAAAGCAGCUCCUUUUGUCAAAUGGCUUAAGGAAGCAGAAGAGGAGAGUGAGGGGAGUGAAGUCGAGGAGGAGAGAGAUGAUGAAAAUGUUGAGGUUGUGUACUCUUCCUCUGCACGAAAUCUGAUGGUGGAGACUUUUCAGCAAGAGAAAACCAAAGAGGAGGAUGAUCUUGAUAUAGAUGCCAUUUAAAAAUAUGACAAGUAAAACAGCAGCUUGGAACCUUGCUACAUUCUACUCUGAUGAUGAAAUGGAUUGCAAUGGCCUCCUCUUUACCUCUUUCUCCUUCAUGGGUUUGCUUCUACAGUUCAGAUUUUUUUAUUCUGUUCGUCUUUUUAACUAAAUAAA